CUGAGAGCAGAGUUUAGUUAGAUGCUGACCAUUGCCUCUUCUCCUGGCAGAGGGAGGCACUACUGAACCGGGGUCUGCCGUCAGCGAUGUUGCAGUGCAGACAUGCUCAAGAGUUCAGCUUUGGGCCCCGAGCGCUGAAGGACGCUCUGAUCUCCACGAACCCUGCGUUGCAGGAGCUCUACGCCAAGGCCUUCUCCAGUGCCGAAAAGCUCUUCCUCUCCGAAGCGUACAACCCGCACAGGACACUUUUCUGCAGCUUGUUCAUCCGGACGGCUUUUGACUGGCUCCUCAGCCACCCUGAUGCCCCUGAAGACUUUGAAACCUUCUACUACUCCCUGCUGAGGAGGAAGCAGAGAGUCUACCGCAAGCACAUAUACCUGCAGCCUAUAGAUCUAAGCGAAGGCCCUGCUGGGAUCUCACUGCUGGACUCCCUCUGUGGCUGUGUUGAGUCUUUCUUUUGGGGUCUCCGAGUCAAGUGCCUUCCUUCCGUCCCAGUCUCUUCCAUCCACUGCUGUUACCGUCACAGCCAGGAUUCGGACAGAGUGCAGCUUCAUACAGAUGGGAUCCUGACCUUUCUGAAGAACAACAAGCCCAUGGAUGCCCUCUGCGUCUUAGGUCUCACACUUGCCGACCUCUACCCCUGUGAAACAUGGAGCUUCACCUUCAGCAAGUUCUUGCCUGGCCAAGAGGUGGGGGUAUGCAGCUUUGCCAGGCUCACGGGCGACUUCCCCCAGAUGGGUUGUACCACAUUAAACCCAGCGCCAUGGAGACAAGAGGUUCGUGAUGAAGUUAUGGAGCACGCCCGGCAUCAGGCGUUGCUGUUCAACAUGCUGGAGAUGCUCCAAUGUUGCAAGGUCACAUGCCAUGAGAUCUGCCACCUGAUUGGCUUGGGGAAUUGCCGUUGGCUCCAGUGCAUCAUGCAAGGGGCUCUGAGUUUGGAUGAAGUUCAGCUGCGGCCGCUGGAGCCUUGCCCAAUAUGCCUCCGGAAGCUGCAGUACGUGGUGGGUUUCAAACUCAUCGAGCGCUACAAGAAACUCUAUGCCUGGAUGCAAACUAUUUUGUCUACCUGGCCGAGCCAAGAACCGGCAGACCUGUCCGUAUCAGAAGACAUUUUGCCAGACAGCACUGACUCUGGGAUGGGUGGCGAGAACGAUUCCGAAGCGGUAACGUCCCUCUCGGAGCCCCUGACCCCAGAUACUUGCAGCCAGGCAGUUUCCACGUUGCAGGAUCUUGACCUCGACGAGCCGUCCUGUUCUCUGGCCGAUGUUCCCAGCCAGGAGCGACUGGGUGGCCCUCCCAAGCCCUCGGACAUAAUUAAGGAGUACACCCUGUGGCUGGAGAUGUGCAUUGCUGCUCUCGAAAAGGACGUCUCCGAGGAGGACCUCUUGCAAGUAGACAAGGUGGUGGAUGCCCUUGCCCGCUGGGAAAUGUUCACAGGGGAGCUGCCUAGCAUCCGGAGGGAUCUGCCUUUUGCCAGUGACACUGCAGGGCUGCGGAAGGUCCUUGGAGACAAAUUCUCCUCCUUGAGAAGGAAACUGAGCUCCAGAAAAGCAGCCAGGGGUGAAUCUUCCCCUUGUCGCUGGAGAUGGGAGGAAAGCUAGCGCCACUGAGACACACUGCCUG